AGUAUAGUCUCCAAGCGGAUUAAAUAACAUUUUACAUAUCUGCAGGUAACGAUGCAUAUUUACUGCCCACAAUUGUGUUGACAGGAAUGAUGCCAAUCAAGUUCUACAGUUUGGUUUGGAUUGUUAUUCCGAAUCUGAUGACAUCACUGGGUCACCCACAACAUUCCGACAUUGAAAAAUGCAACAUUCACCACGAAGCCAAUGAAACAACAGUGGACUGUUCACGUCGUGGUUUCAACCGAGUUCCACGAGGAGUUCCACGAAACACAACAGUCCUUAAUCUGGGUACCAACAAUUUAUUAAACCUCAGGAAAGGAUCACUCCCUAACCUUCCUUCAUUACAUACACUGCUCGUGAAUGAUAACAACAUAGAGUUUCUGGAGGAAGGUGCUCUGCAAAGCCUACCUGUCCUUCAGCAGCUAAAUUUGGAUGGGAACAAAUUGAACUUUUCUUAUUUCUCUCUUCCUCUUGGGACAUUCCAAAACCUGACAUCUCUGACAACACUCCGUGUUAGCAGAAUGACGAUGCGGUUUACUUCAUUGACAUAUCCUGACACUACAUUUGCUGAUCUUCACCAUCUUGAGUCACUGGUCAUUGAUGGGGCUGGAGAACCUGUGUUUGGAUCUGGCUUUGCACAGAUGAAGAACCUGAGGAGUCUGAGUUUUGGAUCGGAUUGUGGCAUUAUUAGACGUUUGAGAAAUAACUCAUUUAUCAACUUUAGGAAAGCACCUGUCAGCAGCCUGUCAUUGUCAGCAUGUAGAGAUUUUGUAUCUAUAGAUGACAAUGCCUACCUUCCUUUUCCCAAUCUAAAAUGUCUAUUUGCGAGAGACACCAGACCCUUUGGACUGCAUCCGUCAUUGUUAAGCUUAAAAGGACUUAGUGGAAGGAAUAUGACCGAAAUAGACUUUUCAAAUGUCAAGAGGUAUGAUGUUACAAUUCAUGGUCUCAUGAAAAAUCAAACACUCGUGCUCACCUCUGAGAUGACACGUUACAUUGUAACCAUAUGUGUUGAGCGUCUGAUUCUUAGAGAAAAUAACAUAGUGGUAAUAGAAAGUAGUGCGUUAUUGCAGGAACCGUUUCAAAGCUGUUUAAAAUAUUUUGACAUCAGCCGCAAUGCUAUAACUGGCGAACCAACCUUGUUGUAUCAUCUGCCUGAAUUUGUUAACCUUGCUGUGCUGGAUGUGUCAAAGCAGUCAAAUCAACAGUAUGCUGGUGAUGUACAAGAUCGACAUUCCGAAGACCUCUUGAAAAUACCUUUCAGAGGAAAUUGGACAUUGUCUAUCCCUCCAUCUUUGGAGAAACUUUUAAUGAGUGGUUCAGGAGAACAUGGAAGAUCAUUUCAAGGAAUUGGGAUUUGUGUUCGUGGAGGUUCACACUUGACACAUGUAGAUAUUUCCUAUUCUGCUUUGAUAACGGGAAAAUGGCGUUUUUAUGGUUUAGAACAUGUAAAAUAUGUUGAUUUUACAGGCAAUUUCUUUCAAACGAUUCCGAUGACAUUUUUUCAAUCAAUUCCAAAAGUCAGGAUACUGUAUCUUAGACAUGUACACUUUGAUGUUGAUUUGAUAUCAAAUCAAAGCUCACGAACUCUAUUUAGCCCACUAAAAAGCAUUGUUUCUUUAGAUAUAUCAAUGAACUCUCUGUAUAGAAUGUAUACACAUAUGUUCGAGGAUCUUAAGACCUUAACAUAUUUGAACUUAAGUCAUAAUAAGUUUGAAGAUGUACCUAUUGAAUUGUCUGGAAUGUUGAGCAUCUCUCAUAUUGAUAUUUCAUUUAAUUCUAUCAGUUUUUUGAAGGCCAACGCAAGAACAAUGUUAGAUCAAAGGCUGAAUGAUUCCCAACCCAUUUCGCUUGACCUUCAUGGAAACAUCCUGUCUUGUGGAUGUGGAACCCUGGACUUUCUGACAUGGAUAAUUGACACAGAUGUCCAGUUUCGACACUUCGAUUCAUACAGCUGCCUCAACACUGAGGGUCAGCUCAUUAAACUUUCAAAUAUUACCAGUUCCUUUGGCAGACACUGGAGAUCUUGCUAUGGUAGAUUUUGGCUUGCCUUUUCAGUUUGUCUGAUGUGUGUACUGAUUUCUUGUCUUGUCGUUUGUCAGUUGGUGUUGAAAAACACCAUCUCUUUAAAAUACUGGAUAUUGAGGUUGAUAGGGUUUGAUCGUUUUGUGCCACGAAGACAAGAUUUUAAGUAUGACAUAUUUAUUUACUAUUCUGAACAUGAUGAUUAUCAGUGGGUGUGUACCACGUUUCUACAGAAGGUAGAGGUAGAGAAAGGUCUGCGACUUUGUAUUCCAGACAGGGACUUCGAUGUGGGCGUUUGUGCAGCUGAAGAAAUUAUUAAUUGUAUUCACAACAGCUGGAAGACUGUCCUAUAUGUAACCGAAACCUUUCUUCAGGACGAGAUGUGUUCCUUUACACUCUCAUCUGGGGUCUAUGCAUGCAACAAUAACAUGCCCAAGAGACUAAUACUUCUAUAUUCCGACACCAUCUUGCAUCACCCUCUGCCUCCAUUACUCACUCAGCUUCUGGAUGGAGAUAAUGUGUUUGUUCUGGAAGAGCUGGAAGAAAAAAGAGCCUGGCAACAGUUCUUUGAACUUGUUUUGAAGUGGAUCUGAACAUACGUUUUAGAUAUUUCUUCCUAUAUUGAGUAUGAUGUCUGAUAUGAGUAUUUUAAAAAAAAAGUGUUGGUGAGAUCGGAAUUAUUACCCACAAUGAAACAAUCGAAUGUCAAGGUGAAGGUCAUCUGUUCUAAAUGCCUUGUAUGACCCCAGGAGUGCCCAGAACUACCUGGCACCAUCAAUCCAUAGACUGACUGACUGACUGACUGAGUAUGGUUUUACGCCGCUUUUAGCAAUCUUCCAGCAAUAUCACA